UCUAUGACCCGGCGGAGAACAGUACUGGGCAAUGGAUGAUUCGUGGCCGCGGCCAUGGUUUCUUUAUGUUUCUUCACUUGAGUAGCAUUUUUUAUUGAAUGAUAUAUAUAUAUAUAAUUUAGAUUAGACUAGGCUGUAACUCACCAAAUGUUUGCGAAGGCAUUUGUGUGAUACAUUAUGUGCGGCGAAGGCUCGCGAAGCCUCUGGCGUAGGCCCUUGGAUUUCACACAGACGAAGCCAACUUGCAAAGGCUAACUGAGAGAGUGUACGAAAGAUUGCGAAGCCAAUUCGCGAAGCCUCUGGUGUUGUACGAAGAAGCCUCGCGAAGCCACCCUUCCCACAAAUUCUGACCCUGCAAAACGCCCAGCGCGUGGAAGGACUGCUCCUCAAAGCGGGAGCUUGUUGAAGUGCAGCGACUCGGCUUAAAAGGAGGCGUGCUUCAGCCUGCAAUUAAGUUUUCCUUUGUCCCGUGUUGUGCAUGAGAAGAUCGACAGGCUGUUCAAUUCACACCUGAGGUACAUCAGACAUUCGCGCAAUGAGGUCAACCGCUACUUUGCACAUGGUGAGCGUGCCAUCAGUGCUGGACUUGAUCGAGGACCUCAUGAAUGAGAAAGCCCACCCACAGGAGAUUUGGCGAUGGGAACGUUGCUGCCAAGUCGAACGGCGAACCUGGCGAAUUUGGACCUUGCUGGAUCCAAAAGCCCACGGACGUGGGUCAGAAGACGCGAGUGGCAAACCAAGGGGCGUCCCAGCUUCAGAUCAUGCCGAACUCGUGCCAAUUGGAGAGCAAGAGCUUGACAGAAUCCGCGGAGAGCUGGAAGCCAGGUUGUCUGAAGGAGUUGUGCCUAAGAUUGGAACGGCUCCUGCCAUCGUCCCCAAGAGCAUGAAGGUCCAGGUGGUCCGCGGCAACAUCUCCGUAUGCGUGGCGGGUGGUGCGAAACCUGACAAGCGCUUAAGGCAGAUGCCUCAAGGACUUUAACUUCGACUAGGUGAAGGAUUACUUGCUGUUCGAGAAGGAGGUUGCGCAGGACAUGAAAGCCACCGCACGUGCAGCUGGCCGAUGCAGACUGCGCCAACAAACUGUCCACUGUCCACCAACAAUUGCCACUCCGCAUUGGCUUGAAACGGGUUUGUCACUCUCGACCAGCC